UUGGUGUAAAUAACAAUGGUGAGCAUAAUGCUACGGGAGUGUAAGAUAGAUAGAUGUGGAGUGACGUGAAGAUGUAUUAGUAUUAGUGAUGUGAAUUAAAAACAGGAUUGCAGUGUUUUAAAGGAAUGUGACGUAAACACGUUGCAAAUCAUUUUUCAAGAGGUCCGUGAGAAGGAACCUGACGUACUCCUGCCGAGGAAAUAGAAACUGUCCAAUCGACCAACACCAUAGGAACCAAUGCCAGUACUGCAGACUAAGAAAAUGUCUCAAAAUGGGCAUGAGGAGAGAAGCUGUGCAGAGAGGGCGAGUGCCCCCGACGCAACCCGCGGGGCUCGCGCUGCCCGGCCAGUACGCGCUGGCCAACGGCGACCCCUCCGCCGGCAUCAGCAGCCACCCUUACCUCUCCUCCUACAUCUCUCUGCUCCUGAGAGCAGAACCUUACCCCACCUCCCGGUACGGGCAGUGCGUGCAGCCAGCCAACGUGAUGGGAAUAGACAAUAUCUGCGAACUAGCUGCGAGGCUACUCUUCUCUGCCGUCGAGUGGGCGCGGAACAUCCCCUUUUUCCCCGAACUCCAAGUGACCGACCAGGUCGCGUUGUUAAGACUCGUCUGGUCAGAACUGUUCGUCCUCAACGCGUCUCAGUGUUCCAUGCCCCUGCACGUGGCGCCGUUACUGGCGGCCGCGGGGCUCCACGCGUCGCCGAUGGCGGCCGACCGAGUCGUCGCCUUCAUGGACCACAUCAGGAUCUUCCAGGAGCAAGUGGAGAAGCUGAAAGCGCUCCACGUCGACUCGGCGGAGUAUUCCUGUCUGAAGGCCAUCGUCCUCUUCACGACAGAUGCGUGCGGUCUGUCAGACGUGCCGCACAUAGAAAGCCUACAAGAGAAGUCCCAGUGCGCCCUCGAGGAGUACUGCAGAAGUCAGUACCCCAACCAGCCCACGAGGUUCGGGAAACUCCUACUAAGACUACCUUCGUUACGGACAGUCAGCUCACAAGUUAUAGAACAGCUCUUCUUUGUGCGGUUAGUCGGGAAGACCCCCAUCGAGACCCUGAUCAGGGACAUGCUGCUCUCCGGGAACUCAUUCUCGUGGCCGUACAUGGCGACCAUGUGACAUACGAUGUGGAGGCAGCUGGCAGCGGCAUGAUCCACGCCCUACGGCUUCCCGCCGUACCUGCCGAGCCAGCGGUUCGACCCCUUCCAAAGGUACCAGCGCGAAGCCCAGCCUGAGGACGCCGUGACCUCCUCAAGCGAAUUCCACGAAACAGAAGCGAGCGAAGAGUACUUCGGGUCCAGAACUAGCAGGGAAAGCGAGAGAGCCGAUCCCUCUUUCGAUCCCAUAUCAGCCUUCUACGCUCCGAAAUCGAACGAGGAGUUCGAGACGACUUCGGAGACACAAAAGAACGCGCAAAAAUCCCUGAUGAUAGACAAUCUGUUGAAUAUUCGACAGGAGUGCAGCGUACCAGACAUGAAGUAACGUUCAGUGGGCUCCGUAGUGAAUUAGUUCAAGUUUUUGUUCCUCUGUAAAAAUAGUUUACUAUUUAAUAAUGUAAAUAAAAUGUUUUUAUUAUUGUAAAUUGAUAGUUAAGAGUUUUUCUACGAUGAUGGAUGGAUUUUUUAUUUUAUUUUUUAUUAUUAUUAUAUUGUAUUUUUUCUGAUUGUUCUUUUUUUUGUAGAAAUUGUAUAAAAUCAAUUUUUGGAUUGAUAACGCAAUAAGAUGUGCAUCGGUCGUGCAAUGUCGGUGUGUAGUUGUAUGUUAGAGAUAGAGGAAGGUUUUCAAGGAUUAAGAAAACUUUUAUACGACUAAAAUAAAUAGAUGUGAAGAACCGUCAAUGAUGUUAAACUGGGAAUGGGAGAUGGUGUUCGUAUUCAUAUCAGUAAAGAGGAAAAUGUGUUCAACUAUUAACUUAGGGAACGCCUGGCAAUGAGACUUCUUGUAAAUAAACUUCUUACUUAAUUUUGUUUUAAGUUUACUCAGUUUUGUUUGAUCUUUGGAUAACAUUCCCAGUUUAAAAUCAUGAUCGAAGAGUUUUUACCUACAAAUAUGAUUGGACGAGGUUCUUUCUUUUUUAUUUUCCACUGGUGCUGUCAUAACUCAAAUAUUUACGUAAGAUUACGUAAUUUUUUAUUAUUUUUAUCGAUUCCGUAAAGCAUUUAUAUAGGUAUGUAUCGUUCCUUUAAAACAAAUUGUACAACAAAAAAAAAAUAUUUUUAGUUAAAAAUAUAAAACAUAGUUGAGUAACAUUUUCUUUUUGUUUAAACAAUAGUGAGAAAUACAAAUUUUGUAUGCAAAAUAGCUAUAACUAUAAAAAUGGUUUUAUUUAUUAUUAUUUCUUUGUAAUACAAUUUUAGCGCAACGUUUUUUUUAUAAAAAAUAUCUGUUUAAUAAUUUUUUGUAUGACCUUAGCCAGAAUACUUUUUAAUUUGUUAAAUAAUUCAAAUUAUUAUGGAAUUGAAUCAAUAAGUUUGGAAAUUAAAACAUUUGCUUGUAAAACACUAUUAUUAAUCUAUUAAAUAAUAAUAAAAAUAUUACUGAAACGAAAAGCAAUAACACGAUUCUUUUUAAAAAUAAUUAUUUAAAAUAAAACAAAAUUUACAAACAAAUGUUUAAAUUUUACAAUUUAUUAUUGUUUUAUUUACAAACAAAAUUGAGUAAAAUCUACAAACAAUUAUUAGUAAAAGAGAAGCAAUGUAUUUAUUCGCAAUAAUUGUACAGUGUACGGAUGUAAAAUAUCGUCGGUGUGUGUACGAGAGUGUAUGGAGAUGUAUAAAAAAUAAAUAUUAAUGAGGAAUAAAAUAUGUCUCUCUGGA